GGACGGGCGCAUCCGAGCUCUUGCAAAGUUGCCUCCCAGGAGCCAGUGUUUCCGAGCGGUCCGUGAUGGACUCGGGCUGAAACGCUUGUCUGAAACUUUACUUGCUUUGGUUUUGUGGGGUUUGUUUGGGGUUUUUUGUUGGGGGUUUUUUUGGUUUUUUUCUUGCUUGGAAAGCACCUCUGCCCUCCGGAGAUGGGGAUCUCCUUUGUGGAUAGCUGCCCCGGUUUGCUGUGGUGGGGAGACCAAUGCUAAAUGCCAGGUUUGGAUGCGGGGGUUGCGCUUUCAGGUACGCCCUGCAAAGGCGGUCAUCUACCUGCCUGUGAUUCACAGCGGUUGCGUUCGUCCUGUUCCUAGGCUUUCUUCCCUUCCUCAUGCGUCCAUCGCUUCCCGCUGUUCAAGCCAAGGCACUCCCCAGGUACCUGCCAAGCCGCCACACUGCAUCUCUGCAGAACCCACUCGGGUGCCUUCAUCCGCUGCGCUGCCUUCGGACCAUCUGCAGACAUCCCGUGACCUGAGACGAGAGGAAAGAUGGGCUUGUUGUUAUAUAGUACUAGCCCACGACUCCAUCCCCUGGGGCAGGACGGCAGCGAUGAAGCACUGUUUUUACAAUGAGACUGUGGGGUUCUUCUACAACAACAGCCGCAAAGAGCUGACCACAUACUGGAGGACGAAGGACGUCCUGGUCGUUGCCCUGGGCCUGACGGUGAGUGUCAUCGUGCUCCUGACCAACCUGCUGGUCAUCACCGCUAUCAUCAUCAACCGGCGUUUCCACUACCCCAUCUACUACCUGCUGGGGAACUUGGCAGCUGCCGACCUCUUUGCUGGCAUCGCGUACAUGUUUCUCAUGUUCCACACGGGACCCAGGACAGCAGAGCUCUCCUUGAAGACCUGGUUCAUCCGUCAGAGCCUGCUGGACACCAGCCUGACGGCCUCUGUGGUGAACCUGCUGGCGAUCGCUGUGGAGAGGCACCAGACUGUGUUCACUAUGCAGUUACACAGCAAAAUGUCCAACCAGCGCGUGAUGAUCCUCAUCUUCUGUAUUUGGGUCACGGCCCUGCUCCUGGGGCUCAUCCCGUCCUACGGCUGGCACUGCCUCUGUGCCCUGGAGAAGUGCUCCAGCAUGGCGCCGCUCUACAGCAGGAGCUACCUGACCUUCUGGGCCAUCUCCAACCUGGUCAUAUUCCUGAUCAUGGUGGUUGUGUACACGCACAUCUUCAUCUAUGUCAAAAGGAAGAUGACGCGGAUGUCCAAGCACACUAGCUUCCACCCCCGCUACAAGGAGACCAUGAUCAGCCUUGUCAAGACGGUCACUAUUAUCCUAAGUGCUUUUGUCAUCUGCUGGACUCCGGGACAAGUCGUGCUCCUCCUGGAUGGCUUGGGCUGCAAGAGCUGCAAUGUUCUAGCGGUGGAGAAAUACGUCCUUUUGCUGGCAGAGAUCAAUUCGUUGAUAAACGCUAUUGUCUACUCUUACAGGGACAACGAGAUGCGUAACACCUUCCGGAGGAUCCUCUGCUUUGUCUGUUAUAGGAAUUCCAAAUACACCCCCACGGUGGUGAAGUUAAACACCACAGACCGCAGAACACUUUCUCAGAACGGGCACUUUACGGUGGAUUCCUCUAUUUAGCUCUUGAUCAGCCAGACGAGCACAGCGCUGAAUGGCGAAAAGAGCGGAGGCUAAGAGCGACCUGCUUCUAAAGCAGCAGAGACUUCUUUGAUGUGCUCAAGCAUAAAUAUUUCUAUCGAAUACUUGUCAUGGAUAAAGGACAAGAUGCUUUUAAGGAACUGCUGGAUGGUGUGUUAUUUAGAACAAACAUACUUUGAGUAGUAUUCUUAUUAAAGACUGCUAUUUU